CCUCUCGCCGGAAGCACUCGCUGGGCGGAGCCACCGGUUUCCUCUUCCUGGUUGCGGCUCGUUAGCUGCUGCUGCUGAAUGAAAAUGUUGAUUUUACUGAGUUUACUCUGCUCGUGUCUGUUCGUGAGCAGCUCAAACAUCGAGGAUAAUGUGGGAACCUUCUUCAGCAGCGGUCACACUAAUAACUGGGCUGUCCUGGUGUGUACGUCCAGAUUCUGGUUUAAUUACCGUCAUGUGGCCAAUACUCUGUCUGUGUACAGGAGUGUGAAGAGGCUGGGAAUCCCUGACAGCCACAUAGUCCUGAUGCUGGCUGAUGACAUGGCCUGUAAUCACAGAAACCCCAAACCCGCUACAGUUUUUAGCCACAAGAACAUGGAGCUGAAUGUUUAUGGUGACGAUGUGGAGGUGGAUUACAGAGGAUACGAGGUAACGGUGGAGAACUUCCUGCGAGUUUUGACUGGAAGGCUUCCACCCAGCACCCCACGCUCCAAACGCCUCCUCUCUGAUGAUCGAAGCAACAUCCUCAUAUACCUGACAGGUCAUGGCGGGAAUGGUUUUCUGAAGUUCCAGGACUCUGAGGAGAUUAGUAACGUGGAACUGGCUGAUGCGUUUGAGCAGAUGUGGCAGAAACGAAGGUACAAUGAGCUGCUCUUCAUCAUCGACACUUGUCAGGGAGCCUCCAUGUACGAGAGAUUCUACUCCCCAAACCUCAUGGCUCUGGCCAGCAGUCAAGUAGGAGAAGACUCCCUGUCGCAUCAGCCAGAUUUGGCCAUAGGAGUCCAUUUGAUGGAUCGUUACACAUUCUACCUGCUGGAGUUCCUGGAAGACAUUCAUCCUACCAGCAAAACCAACAUGAAUGACCUGUUCAAAGUGUGUCCCAAGAGUCACUGUGUGUCCACUCCAGGCCAUCGUACUGACCUCUUCCUGAGGGACCCGGGAAGUGUCCUUGUCACAGAUUUCUUCGGCAGCGUCCGCAAAGUGGAGCUCACCACGGAAACCAUCAACCUGACCAGUCCCAUCAAGCAAACGGAGGAAAAUGCUGCGUACGGAGAGCUGCAGAAAGAGACGUACUCGUACUCGGACCAGCUUCCGGUGUCUGAGAUCAUCCAUCAGAAACCAAAGCAGAAAGACUGGCAUCCUCCUGACGGCUUCAUCCUGGGCCUGUGGACUCUAAUCCUCCUGGUGUUUUUCAAGACGUACGGGAUCAAACACCUCAAACACAUCUUCUGAGGUUUCUCUGCGGGGAACCUGAGAACGUGAGGCUGCCGACCAGGAGCUUUCACUGGAGGGACCUUGAAGGGAAGGAGCGGGUGGUGACGGGCUUGUUUUCCUGAAAAUGGAAAGAAGAUGAGUGGCACCACGACUGAGUGAUGCUACUGGUGCCUUUUUUAUUUUUUAUUUUUCUUUUGGGAUGAUUGCACACUACUGAUGUAAAUAUAUAAAAGUUAUAAUUUGUGUAAUAUUUCAGAUGUGAGGAGGAAGAAAAAGACAAAUAAGUCAAAGUGCUGCAUGAGAAUGCGAAGGCCCCGCUGAGCCCGGGCACACCACUCGCGGUUCAGCCGUUUUUAAACUGCUUUUACCGAAAAGGACUCCAAUUUAUUUAUUUUUUGUUAAGCCGUUCCAUAAUUGCAUUGAUUUGGUUAUAAAUGCACUGAAUUGAGUCUGCAGAUAAGAAUUUAAUUUAUUUUCAAGAGUGCGCUGCUCUGCAUACAUCAGCAGGAAGCGGCGGCAGCUCCUUUUGUUUAAGUGCUACUCAGAACGUCUGCUCGGCCAGAAAAGGAAAAUGUGGGACGAGGGCGGGCUGAUUGGCUGUGAGAGGGCUGUGGAGAGAUUACUCUUUAAUGUCGCCCCAGUCCAUAUACAUUACACCCCUUGACCGUCAUAUCACGCUUGUGAAGGAUAACAAUCGCCCAUAAUCCCAUCUCACAUGAUGGACCCAUCCACUUUCCCAUUCACCAAAUUGCCCUCCCUGUGGAAACAUCCAUUAGCUCCCCAGCCUUGCACUCCGCUGAUUGUAUUCUGGGUAAUGGACAGCUAUUUCCCCGGCCAUUCUGCGCCUCGCACUACAGCGGCGAGAAGUGAGUGAUAACCUAGUAAGCUGCCGGCCGUCCCAAAUGAAUCUCCUCCGUGCCUGGACAUGUUUUCCUCCUUUUUUCUCGGCCUUUCUCUCCGUGUAACCACUGCAUCAGACUCAUUGUUGAGGGGAGUGACUCACAGCACAUGGAUUGAAUCGGAGGGGGGGGUGUGCUCCUUGGCGCGGGGGCCCUCCCAUCGGAUGUCCGCUGUCACUCUCCCUUGCGGCUAGAGUGGAAAAUAGAUGGAGCUGGAAAUGAAACCAUACGUAUGGAAGCUGCUGCGUCAGCCGCCAUGUUCCUUCUCCUUUACGUUAUUUGUGGAACACUUUGUUGUCUCUUAUCCUUGUUUCUUAUUUUCUAUAGUCUCAUCCCUCCUGCUCUGCACGUUCAUUUCCACAAUUAGGAUUUUCAAUGUUCUGAUUAAAGAUGAAACAUGGAAUCAAAGAAAUGA